AUGGCGCAACGAGGAGCCCGUGGUGGUGGUCGUAGUGGUAGUCACAUUGGUGGUCGUGAUGCUGGAGAUAUAAAUGCAUCUCAAUCACACAAUGAUGCAGAAAUUCAACCUUCUUCUUCAGUUAGAGGAUCAAACAUCUUGGAACAAGUUCCAAGUAACCCAUCAAAAAGGAAGUUCAUUGAAGUCGAUUCUGAAACAGAAUUUACGGAUCAAAUUUCAGUGAUCAGAGCCAUCACAUGUAUACUGAAGACGAUGUUUGACGGCCCAUGGACCUCAUGGAAGAAGGGUUUGUAUGUUUGGCCCGAAGAGACUGAUGUUCUUGCUCGCAAGGUAUGGGAAGACUGUAUGAAGAAACGAUUUCCUGACGUAAUGCGAAGAGCACGUGAAGCAUCUUUAAAACUUGCCAAAGCUGCAAAUGUGAAUGCCUCACUAUAA